AGUUUCAACUCUCGACGUACACACUGGACACCUGCAGGUUACAAAGCUUUUAGCAUCCUGAAAGUUGCUCUUGCAGACGCUGUAGAUUAUGGAGUUCCUGUUUGAGUUUCUUUUCACGCCGCUGUCCACCUCAGGACUGGUGUUUUUGUUCAGUCUCGCAGCAGUAGCCCUGGUUCAUCUCAACACAAGGCCGAAACCACUGCAGCCACCGACAGAUCUUAACCGGCAGACUGUAGGUGUAGCGGGUGGAGCUAGAAAAUCAGCGCUUUUGAAAUCUGACAACUUGAUCUCAUACAUGUACGAAGAUGGCAAAACGCUCUAUGAAGUUUUUCAAAGAGGACUACGUGUCUCAGGAAAUGGACCGUGUUUGGGAUUCAGGAAGAAAGGGCAACCUUAUCAGUGGCUUAAAUACAAACAGGUUUCUGACAGAGCUGAGUUUUUGGGCUCCGGACUGAUCCACCGCGGACAAAAACCUUCACAAGAUACAUUUAUUGGCAUCUUUGCCCAGAACCGACCAGAGUGGAUUAUCGCAGAACUGGCCUGCUAUACCUAUUCCAUGGUGGCAGUGCCUCUUUACGACACCUUGGGACCUGAGGCUCUUGUGUUCAUCAUUAAUAGAGCAAACAUAUCCACAGUGAUAUGCGAUAAGAAGGAUAAAGCAGAAACACUUCUGGAUAACUCUGAGAAAAAACUCACCCCCCUGUUGAAAACCAUCAUCCUCAUGGACUCCUAUGACAGCGCAUUGACCGAAAGAGGCUCUAAGAUUGGGUUGGACGUCCUGUCUCUAAAAGAUGUAGAGGCCCUGGGAAAGAACAACCAUCACAGACCUGUUCCCCCAAAGCCAGAAGACCUAAGUAUUAUUUGCUUUACCAGUGGAACCACGGGGGAUCCAAAGGGAGCCAUGCUGACCCAUGAAAACGUGGUUGCAGAUGCAGCUGGUGUGGUUAGAACCUUUGAGAGCGUCUUUGUGCCCGUUCCAUCCGACGUGUCCAUCUCGUUUUUGCCGCUGGCACACAUGUUCGAGAGGGUUGUACAGACAGUGCUGUACGGUGUGGGGGGAAGAGUUGGCUUUUUCCAAGGUGAUAUCAGACUUUUACCAGAUGACAUGAAAGCCCUGCAGCCGACAGUAUUCCCAGUGGUUCCACGUCUUCUGAAUCGUGUUUAUGACAAGGUCCAAAGUGGGGCCAAGACUCCAUUUAAGAAGUGGCUACUGAACUUUGCCAUUGAGAAGAAAUGUGCGGAAGUCAAGCAGGGCAUUAUCAGGAACGACAGCAUGUGGGACAAACUCAUCUUUCACAAAGUGCAGGAGUCUCUCGGAGGCCGUGUGAGAGUGAUGGUGACUGGAGCUGCUCCUAUUUCUCCAUCUGUGCUCACUUUUCUCCGGGCAUGUCUUGGGUGCCAGAUAUUUGAGGCAUAUGGCCAGACAGAGUGCACUGCGGCCUGCUCUUUCACCAUACCAGGAGACUGGAAAACUGGGCAUGUUGGAGCUCCUAUUCCAUGUAACACUAUCAAACUUGUUGAUGUUGAGGAAAUGGACUACUUUGCAUCCAAUGGUGAAGGAGAGAUUUGCGUCAAAGGGACAAAUGUUUUCCGUGGGUAUCUCGGUGAUCCAGAAAAAACAGCAGAGGCUUUGGACAAAGAUGGGUGGCUUCACACUGGCGAUAUUGGCAAAUGGCUUCCUAGUGGGGUGCUGAAGAUCAUUGACAGGAAGAAGAAUAUCUUCAAACUGGCCCAGGGUGAAUACAUUGCACCGGAAAAGAUUGAAAAUGUUUACAUUCGCAGCGCUCCAGUUGCCCAGGUGUUUGUACAUGGUGAAAGUUUACAGUCCUCUUUGGUGGCCAUAGUGGUGCCAGAUCCUGAAGUAUUGCCAGGUUUCGCAGAGAAACUGGGAUUGAAAGGUUCACUAGAAGAGCUAUGUAGAAAUCAGGAACUCAAAAAAGCAAUCAUCUCUGACCUCAACAAGCUGGGUCGUGAAGCAGGGCUGAAGUCUUUUGAACAAGUAAAAGACCUGUACCUGCAUCCCGACAUGUUCACUAUAGAAAAUGGCCUCCUCACUCCAACACUCAAAGCCAAACGGGCAGAUCUCACCAAAUACUUCAGAGUUCAGAUCGAGAGUCUUUACGCCAACAUGUAGUGCACUAAAAAAAAAGUUUCACAUAUUUAUGAGUGCUGUUUGUAUUGUGUUUUUUCUAUAUUUGCUAAAAGAUAACAUAUUUUGUCAGCACUGCACUGUAUCAGCCCUCACUGCAUUUAUUAACCUAUUCCCAACACACUCUCCUUGUCAGUCAGAAAGAAAUAAAAGCAUUGUCUGGUUCUA